CCUCUCCGCAGCACGCCCAUUUGCCAUUUUCAAUGCUGGACACGAUGAACUCGCUUGACAUGUUCCUGACGCUGCCGGACGAGGCCGACGUCGCCGCCUUCCUGGAAGCGCCCAUGGACAUGGCCCUCUUCGACUCGAUGAUGGAGGCGGAAGAGGCCUCGGAUGCGACUUCGACCGUCUGCUCGUCGCCGUCCAGCUACUGCUCGGACGACUCGCGCUCGUCGGCGUCGUCGUCGCCCGUGAACCACGCCAAGGUCGGCGGCGGCUAUGGCAUGUACCCGUGGGCCGCGACGCCGCUCGCGACGGCGAUGCCCAUCGUCACGGACGUCAACAUGAUCCCGUACGCGCUGCCGAUGCAGACCAUGAUGCCACCGAUGGUCCAGAAGCGCCCGCUUGACGCCGACCCGAUCGAGCCCACGACGAAGCGCUCGAAGCACGAGAUCCGCCUCAUGAAGAACCGUGAGAGCGCCAACAAGUCGCGCCUGCGCCGGAAGAACCAGAUCAACGACCUCGCGAGCGAUGUCCAGGUGCUCACGGACGAGCGCAACGCGCUCAAGACCGAAGUCGCGGCCCUCCGCGCCGAGAACCAGUCGCUCCGCGACCAGAACCAGUUCCUUCGCGGCCUCGUGUCCAGCGGUACCAACACGAACGUGCAAUCUGCAGUCACGUCCCUCGAAGAGGCCACGCCGGUCGUCCAGCAGACGAGCUCGAAGAAGCUUGCCGCGCCCGUUGCGGGCUUUGUUCUCUGCGCUUUUGUCUUUGGGAUGACGCUCUUCUCGGACCCGUAUGGCGAUUCGACGGUCGCGGCGCAGCGUCGGUCGAUGCGUGUGGUCCACGGCAGCGCGGGCCCCAAGACGACGCAUGGCUUUAUGAUGGCGUCGCCGAUCGGCCUGCUGCCGUUUGUGACCGAGUACGUCUACUCGAACAUGGGCCUCAUCCAGAGCAUCCUCAUCAACGUCAUCUCGGCGAUGGUUGUCGCCGCCAUUUACGUCUACCUCGUCGCGCCCAAGACCAAACCGACCGAGUCGUCGCCACUCCACGUCAAGGUCAACGUCGACUCGAAGCUCAAGCGCCUCUGUUCCCGGGCGACGCGGCUCGUCGUGCGGGGCCGCAAUGCACUUAACCUCACCAAGCUCAAAUGAGCGAUCUAUUAUAUGUAACCUCGUAAUUUAUUCUGUGCACUCGA